AAGACCCUCAGAGGAUUCUGACAGCAUCCUGCCUGAGACAAAAAGGCUCCAACAGAAGCUCCAGCUGCUCCUGCUCUGUUUCUCUUCUGCACUUUGAAGACAAAUAAGAAAGCAAGAUGUGCAAAGGACUUGCUGCCCUGCCAGCCACUUGCUUGAGGAGUGCAAAGGAUAUGAAGCAUCGCCUAGGAUUCUUGCUCCAGAAGACAGAUUCCUGCGAUCAAAAUUCUUCCCAUAGCAAGAAGGACAAAGCAUCUUCUUCCCAGAGGGUGAGUCAUGAGGAAGUUAAGAAGUGGGCUGAAUCCUUGGAAAACCUGAUUACUCAUGAUUGUGGCUUGGCUGCUUUCAAAGCUUUUCUGAAGUCUGAAUAUAGUGAGGAGAAUAUCGAUUUCUGGGUCAGCUGUGAGGAGUAUAAGAAGAUCAAAUCACCCAGCAAGCUCAGCCCCAAGGCCAAGAAGAUAUACAAUGAAUUUAUCUCUGUCCAGGCAACUAAAGAGGUGAACCUGGAUUCUUGUACACGAGAGGAGACCAGCCGGAACAUGUUGGAGCCUACAAUAACCUGCUUUGAUGAAGCCCAGAAAAAAAUCUUCAACCUCAUGGAGAAGGAUUCCUACCGCCGUUUCCUCAAGUCCCGGUUCUAUCUCGACUUGGUCAACCAAGCCAGCAGCAGUGGCUGUGGAUCGGAGAACCAAAAAGGAGCCAAGGGUCCCACUUUAGACUGUCCUUUGGUUUCUCAGUGUGCCUAAGCCCCAAGGGGAGGGGAAAGGGGGUACUUCCAAGACUCUCAUCUGGAACCCACUAAGGCAAAUCACUAAUCUGUAUUAUUAAGCAUCAGUGCUAUAAACAAAUAGUAGCCUAGUGUCCACAUCAUGGCCCCAUGACAGAACUCACCAUCUCACCCACUGCAGGCAUGUGCAAUGGUUCACUCACCUGUAGAUGUUCCAUUUCAGUGUUUAAAUGUCUUUUGUCUUGACAUUCAUCAGGGCAGGAAUCUCAUCCAGAUCCCCUUUCCUGAUAUUCCCUUUAAGGUUACCAUCUGAUUCUCUAAAACUCAUCAUCAAGGCCUUAAGAGCUUUUCAUCCAGCUCUUUGAAUCCUGGGCUGACUGCCCUACAUGGUGUGGUAUCCAUAUGUGCAUAUGUAUGCUGUUAAUCAAUGCUUUAUGCUGUAGAUUUUGUAUGAGGGUGACCUAUAUCAUAUAUGCAGACACAGCUCUAAGAGGAGAAAAAAAAAGGACCCUAGGUGCUCAGAACUACAGUGUGUAUGUGUGUGUGUGUGUUUGUGUGUAUGUGUGUAUGAGAAAGAGAGACAGACAGAGAGAAGUGAUCAUUGUGCUUUUAUCCUGAAUUUCAAUGGACAAAACCACAGCCACCUUUGACCCUUUGCUAGAAAGAAAUCUCCAAGAAGCUGCAUGCUGAAUUUUUAAUGAACUCCAUGAAAAUACAGGCUGAAAUGUUCUCUUACUUUAUUGAACAGACAGAGCAGAAAUAAAGUAUGAAUGACUGUUGGGUCUAGAUUUAAUUCAAUGUUCCUCUGCUUAGCCCACAAAGCCCCAUGUGGUCAUUUCUUUUAACCACCAGUCUACAGGGAACUUGCUUGUCAUUCUCCUUGCACAGAGUUUUAUUAAACAUACAGGUUUUUUGUCUGUAUUUCUUAAAUGAUGGUAUUGAUGAUACAGAUGAAAGAGUAUUUGGACUAAAAGAGAAAAAGUUGAGGUCUUUGUGAAUCUACUUGCCAAAAGCCACGUUCUGUACACUCCCAGUUCAUUGAUCAAUUUGUGAGAUGUUAAAGAAUUAAAAAUGCUCUUCCCCACCUCUGUGCAAGGUAUUCUCUACAUUUUGCUUCUAAUGAUAAUGUACACCCAAUGAUAAGGAAUCUUAGGGCUGAGAGGGUCCUGUGCCCUUCCAUUUAGCACAGCCCUUCAGUUUAUAGAUGAGGAAAGUGAAUUCUGGAAGAAUGGAGUGACUUACCCAAUCAAAUAAGAUAGUGUAUGGGAAAGUGCUUUGUAAAUGUAAAGUGCUUUGUGAAUGUCAUUUUAUUUAUUAUUAUUAAUUAUCAAUCUCAUCCCCAAGGUCCGUCAGCUAGUUCUUGCUACCAAUUGUUGUAAGAGGUAACAAUUGGGGUUACCUCUUAAGAAGGAGAAAGUUUCAGUUUUGUAAAGGAAAAGGAAAGUAGUUUGGGGCAAAUCACCUGAGUGAAUUCUUGAGGACCUUUUCAUUUUCCCCAGCUUAAUUCCCAUGCAUCGCCUGCACAUAAGGUCUGUCCCUGCACUAAUUGGAACAUGACAGGAUCUUGGAUCAUGAAGCAAGAAGACAAUCCCCAUAGUUGGCAACUACUAUUUGAAAUUUGAGGGCAGGCUGAAUACUUGAAGACUUCUCAUUUUUGUUAUUUAUGACUUUGUUUUGUACAAUGUUUAUUAGUGUUGUUAUUAUAUUUUUUAAGUGUAAGGUAUUUUGUCACCUUUUAAUAGUUGGGGUACUAAUUUUCUUCUCAUUCUUCUGGAGCUGCCAUUUUAAAUAUGUAAUGAUAUUUGCAGAUAUAUGUAUAUACAUAUAUAUUAAAAAUCCUUUCCAAAUUUUUCAUAUGCACAAACAUACUUUUGGCUUCUGAGUCACUUCCUCAGGCUGCAAGAUGAAGGCAGGAGAAUAAGUUUGUGAUGUGCUGUGUGUGUAUCCAUUUAAUAUAAUUUUGUAUUAGAGAGAGAGGUUCUUUCCAUUGUGUCCUUCUCAUCUCUUUGACAGUCACAUUCACCCUUCUCUCCUGAUCUCCCAUUCCUGAAGGAUGUCUUUUGGUCCUCCCUCUGUCUCUUAUAUCCUCCCUGCUCUGCUCCCUACUCCAUGCUAGACUUCAGAACUAGAGCCCAAACUUACAAUCACCUGGUUUAUUAUAGUUGUCCUGAUAUAUAUUUUCGAGCAGGUAUUUUGUGUGAGGGAUAGAAACUGAGGGAUAGCCAGAAGAUGAUUCAGAAUGAGAAGUAAAUUAUUCUGCAUAAGAUUUUUGGAAGUGUGGUUUUCCUCUAUAUAUUUCCCCUCCACUUCAGGCUCCAUUUGGCAGAGUAAUCUUGAUUGCCAGUGAUCCACACAGAUACCUCUCCUUCCAAACUGUGCAUGAUUCCCUUUGGUGUCCUCUCUGUACUGUGUGGCAAAUACCAUACAAUUCAAUGCUAAUACUUCCAGUGAAAAAAACCAAGAUAUUUUAUUAACAAUGAAUAAAUGCUUCAUACAAAA